AUGGCGGACGACGCGCCGACGUUCCGCACGUUCGUCACAGCAUUCACAGACUUCCUCACCGUCGCCAUUCACACCAUUCUGUACGAACGCGGCAUCUAUCCACAGACGUCCUUCCUGUCCGCAAGAAAGUACAACUUUGCCGUUCGCCAGAAUCGCCAUCCAAAAGUUUGCGAGUGGAUCAACGACGCCAUCAAUUCGGUGGACACGGAGCUUUUGAAAGGGUCCGUCGACAGAAUAGCCGUUGUCAUCUACAGCAAGCAGAACAAACCGCUAGAGCGCUUUGUAUUCGAGGUCUCCCGCUUCCCAGCAGUCGCGGCUUCGGAUGUGGAUGUCAUCCUCGAGGCUGCAGAUGGGUCGCUCCUGCCUAUAGUGGAUCUUGAGGAGCAGCUCAGAGCGACUAUGAGCAAGCUCUCCAAUUGCAGCUCGACCCUGGCUCCCCUACCCAAAGGCUGCACUUUUACAAUUGCCAUUGAACUGAAGGGGGAGGGCAACGCUCCACUCUCGCAUCCUCAACCCUGGAUGCCAGUGCAGCCUGGUCAAAGAGGACCCGGCCCGCGCCAAGCACACCUGACCACCCCAGUGAGAGCUGUGCACGCAGGCGAGAUGAUCUUUGAGACAUGGAUUGAAGAGUUUGGCGGAAAGCAGACUGAACAGAAAGACUCUGCCACGGGCACUGCGGGAUGA